AUGUCGGCUGUCGGCAGCAGCAGGUCGAGCAAGAAGAGGAGACUGGAGGGAUCAGACGAGGCGAGAGAGGAGGGAGGAGAAGAAAUGAACGCAAAGAGAGCGAAGAAGAGAUCGCCAACACGAAGAAGUACAUGCGAGCAUGGACGACGGCGAUCGCAAUGCAAGGGCUGCGGGGGCGGCAGCAUUUGCGAGCAUGGACGGCGGCGAUCGGUAUGCAAGGACUGCGGGGGCAGGAGCAUAUGCGAGCACGGGCGGGUCAGAUCAAAAUGCAAGGAGUGCGGGGGCAGCAGCAUAUGCGAGCACGGGCGGGUCAGAUCGGGAUGCAAGGGAUGCGGGGGGGGCAGCAUAUGCGAGCACGGGCGGCGGCGAUCUCAAUGCAAGGGAUGCGGGGGGGGCAGCAUAUGCGAGCACGGGCGGGUCCGAUCGGGAUGCAAGGGCUGCGUGGGCAGGAGCAUAUGCGAGCACGGGCGGGUCCGAUCGGUCUGCAAGGAGUGCGGGGGCAGGAGCAUAUGCGAGCACGGGCGGGUCCGAUCUCAAUGCAAGGGAUGCGGGGGCAGCAGCAUAUGCGAGCACGGGCGGCGGCGAUCGAGAUGCAAGGAGUGCGGGGGCAGCAGCAUAUGCGAGCACGGGCGGCAGCGAUCGAGAUGCAAGGGAUGCGGGGGCAGCAGCAUAUGCGAGCACGGGCGGGUCCGAUCGGGAUGCAAGGGCUGCGGGGGCAGCAGCAUAUGCGAGCACGGGCGGGUGAGAUCGGUAUGCAAGGGAUGCGGGGGGGGCAGCAUAUGCGAGCACGGGCGGGUCCGAUCAGGAUGCAAGGAGUGCGGGGGGGGCAGCAUGUGCGAGCACGGGCGGCAGCGAUCGAGAUGCAAGGAGUGCGGGGGCAGCAGCAUAUGCUGA